AUGGAAAUUGGAAAACCAAUAAUAUACAUACAAAGAUUUGAAAAGUUUGAUGUCCAAAAAUAUCCAGUCACUGACAUAUUUUAUUCUGACUUUUCAUUAUUUGGUGCUUGCUUGGAAUUAGAUAAAGCUCAAAUUUGUGGAUUCCGGUUAAUUACAGAUUUUACGAAUGUUCCAAUGUCUGUAUUUACAUCAGUGACAUUAAGUGAAGUUCUUGAUUGGGCUAGAGCAAUAAUUUCAUGUCCUGGACGCUACAAACAAAAUAUUUUAAUUAAUAUUCCUACAAUUGCGAUGACUUUUUACAACAUCGUGUCAAUGAUAUUGCCAGAAAAAUUAAGAAAAAGGCUUGUUAUAGUGAAAAAUUAUGAGGAACUGAAGAAUUUAAUGGAUGUGUCAAAAUUACCUGAAGUGUUUGGUGGUGACUGUGAUGAAGAUGUUUAUAUUGAUGAAACUUUAAAGAUUUUUGAUGAAAAAUUGGAUUUAAUAAGAGAAUCGAAUGACUAUGAAAUUGAUGUUUCGCAAUUUGGAGGAAAGCUUCAUAAUGAUGAAGUUGGGAGCUUUAGAAAAUUGGAAAUAGAUUAA